AUGUGGAAGGAGAAAGUUGAUGCCUUUAACAAGUGGGGUUGGUCUCAUGAAGAUGUCGUUCAAGCAUUUAAAAGGCAACCUUAUUGUAUGCUAACAUCCGUUGAUAAGAUUAAUUUGGUGAUGGAUUUUUGGGUUAAACAAUUGGGCUGGGAUGCUCUGGCCCUUGCCAAGCAACCGUCCGUUUUUUCCUUAAGUUUAGAAAAAAGGAUCAUUCCGAGGGCCUCAGUUGUGCAAUUUCUUCUGAAUAAUGGUUUGAGGAGUAAGAAAGCAAGCUUAACUUCUCCAUUUGUAGUGCCUGAGAAGUCAUUUCUUGAUAGGUUUAUAAGAGAUUUUAAGGAGUCGGCGUAUCUAUUAAAGUUGUACGAGGAGAAACGCGAGCUUGCAUGGACCAAGGACAAAACUUGCAUGUCAUGA